GAAACUGAUAUACCGGUCUCCAUUGUCGACUAGGGUUUUGGCCAUUCCAGUCGCGGAGCCCGAAGAGUAAGAGAGAGGGUGAGAAGAUGCCAGCAGGUCAUGGACAGAGAGCAAGGACCAGGGAUCUGUUCUCCAGGGCCUUCAGGAAGAAGGGUUAUGUGCCACUGACGACGUACCUGAGGACCUAUAAGAUAGGUGAGCACGUCGACGUCAAGGUUAAUGGAGCCAUCCACAAGGGCAUGCCUCACAAAUUCUAUCACGGCCGCACCGGACGCGUCUGGAACGUCACAAAGCGCGCCAUCGGGGUUGAGGUUAACAAGCAGGUGGGUAACAGGAUUAUCAGAAAGAGGAUCCAUGUCCGCGUAGAGCAUGUGCAGCCUUCAAGGUGUACUGAGGAAUUCAAACUAAGGAAACAGAAGAAUGAUCAGCUGAAAGCAGAGGCAAAGGCUAGAGGUGAGGUCAUUAGCACAAAGAGGCAGCCAGAGGGACCAAAACCUGGGUUUAUGGUGGAGGGUACGUUGCUGGAAACCGUCACUCCCAUUCCUUAUGAUGUUGUUAACGAUCUCAAGGGUGGUUAUUAGGUAUGUUUUGUGUUGGUUUUAAUUAUAUGUUUUGUUCAAGUGUUAAAACUUGUGGACUCAGCAAUUUUGGAUGUCAUUCCUUCAGUAGUGGCAAUACUAAUGGAUUUGUGAUCUUGGAUACUAAAUUAUCCUUACUUGGUUUCAGACACAAAUGAUGUUUUCUAUGGUAAGUUGUACUACAGUUUUCAUGCUUUAA